CACCAGCGUGAAAACAUACGACAAAGCGAGGAAUUUAUUCUACGGCAAACCAUGAACAAAAUAGGAACCUCCUGAUUGACAGUAUCGAUCGACUGUGCGUGUAAUUAGUUCGAUGCUGGUGUAUAGUACUGUUACAUCGUGUUCUAUUCCUUGGUGAGCUUGAGACCUUGUUUGCUUCCCGGAACGUCAUCGUUCGGUUCGCUACAGCAGAGAUUGUAAGCAGUGAUAAACAUCGUCAUUUGAUUGAUUUGUUUGGAGCUCGGAUUCGGUGAUUGACGAAAAGGAUGUCGCUCUCUACCUUGUAUAAACGUGCCCUGGUGAAGUAUCCACUGCUGGUGCAAUCUGUGCAGUCGGGAAUUUUGAUGGGAUCAGGCGAUAUUAUCGCGCAGACGCUGAUCGAAAAACGUAAACUCACCGGUAUUGACGGUAUGCGAGCUUUCCGGUUUUUCGGCAUUGGAUUUUGUAUUGGGGGCCCAGGUCUACGCAAAUGGUACGGUGUUUUGGAUAAACGCAUCACCGGUAGUAACAAAGCGCUGACCACAUUCAAGAAGGUAGCUCUGGAUCAGCUGCUAUUCGCUCCAGUCUUCCUUGGUAUGCUCAUUGGGACGAUCGGUUUGCUGCAAGGCCAUAACCGGGAGGAAAUCGAGCGAAAACUGAAAAAUGAGUACAAGGACAUUCUGCUGACCAACUACUACAUUUGGCCGUGGGUUCAGCUGACGAAUUUUUAUCUCGUGCCACUCAACUACCAAGUGCUGUUGGUGCAGUUUGUGGCUGUUUUCUGGAACACGUAUCUGUCGUGGAAAACAAACUGUAACGAUACCGCUAAGGUGAUUGCCAUUAAAUCGGACGUAGUCGCGGGAGAAGAAGCGGACGGAAAUGCUUACUAAGGGUAAGCUUGCUUGCAGGAGGAGCAGAAUUAAGCAAAACAUUCUGAUGUGAUACUAAACAAUUAGGUUUUAGAUGUAGUUGACUAAACCAUGUUGGAGUUUAUGCAAAUACAAUUUUAACUUUCCACGGCUAAGUAUCAUGCGGUAUCGAAUUCUGUACAGCUUCGAAUUCCGUACACUUAAUAGAAUUUGCUUGGCUAAUAUGUAGUAAAACAAUGCAAAAUAUUAAUCCUAACAGGUCUAGACUCGAGCAUCACGUCAAUGUCCAAAACUUAGGCAGUGUGCCAUGAAAUACAGCUAAUAAAAAUUAAAACGUAAGUGCCUUUCGGAUUUCCUGGUCAAUUGGCUGUGUUGUAUGCAAUUUGCAUUCAAUGAAAUGACGUGCAAAGCGUACUUGA